UAUGGAGUCCGAAUAUAGAUCAUUCUUCAUCUCUUCGUACUUGAUGCAGUUCAAGGGGGACGUAGUGCACCACAAUUUACGCUUGACAAGACGUAGCAAAACUCUUCGAACCCUCAAUCAGCAGCAUCAUCGAAGCUUUCGAAACUCAAAGAAAAGCUGCAGGCACUCCGAUCACAGCUUUGCUGCGAGCGACUGGAUGUUCGCCAAGUUGCACGCAUACUUCCAGUCGCUUAAUAUUAGCUUCAGUCGACCAGAUAACCAUUGGCCCGUUGCUGAAGCGCAGCAGGGAACACUGGUCCCUGAGCAGCAAGAGUUCAGCAAGAAAUUCGCUAUCCGACGGUAUAAUCAGGCCGCAUGUAACCAAGUCGAUAUCGACAUCAUGUCGUACAGGGGUCUCCUCCAAAAAUCGGAUUGGAUGGACACGGAGCGAAACACAUCGAAAAUUACCGAGAAACUGACACUCAAGCGCUCCGCCGAAGGUUCCACGUAUUAUUCGACUGAGAUCAAAGUCAUUCUUCUCUUCGGGUUGAAAGAGUUGAAGGCUAUGAUCAGCUGGGAAGAUGGGGGGGAGGAAAUACGAACUCCAGCAGUAGUAGUUUACGAUGAUGAGCAGGAACUAAUCGCUCUUGAGUCCGCAGCAUCCCGUGACUUCUCGAGGUUGGUACAAGACAACUACCGAGACCGAAUCGAACAAGGUGCGAAAUGGUCAUGGUAUCUGAUCGUCAUCACAUAUUCAAGUGCGAGCUUUGAUAGAUGGUAUCCGGAGUUGAUUGCUUGGUGGUCAAUGGUAGAAUCUCCGAGUCCUAGGGUCACUGGAAUGCCAAAUGCCAGCAAGCGGCUGCAGGAAAACAUGACGAAGUGCACAGGCGAGAACGGAGCAGCUCGAGGUGGAAUAAUAGCUCAUGACGUUGAGGGCCGGAAAAACCUUUCAGCAUGCAUGAUACUAGCGGCCGAGUUGGGACUCUAUAACUUCAGUGUGUACUGUGGAGUGAUGAUUAGGUACCCUCGUGAUGCUAUCAUCUAUAGAGGUGAUUGCCAUAAGCCGAAUCUGAAAUUCUGA